AUGGCCGAUAUCCCUGACGUUGAAUGUACGCUCGAAAGGCUCGAAGUGCAUUUGGUACUGCUGCGAAAUUGUACAUAUAACACAAUCAUGAAGUCAUCUCAUGCAUAUCAAGUUUUAUUGGCACUUAAUCGAAAUAAAAAGUGUAUUGUUUGCGAAUACGGUGAUGACAGGUUAAAAGAUCGAGUUCUAUGGGGAUAUCAGCGUCACUCCUUCAACAAUAAUAAUGUGCCUGGAUUGAACGCUGCACCAGUCGCAUAUAACUAA